AUGAACUUUACAGAGCUCAACUUUCUUCAAGAAAAUGACUACAGUUACACAAACAUCAUUUCUCAGACAUCCAAUUGUGAAAUCAUGAAGGUCUACUCUACAAAGUAUCAGACCUUCUUUGCCAUGAAAAAAAUCUUGAAAAAGAAUUAUAACAAUAAAGAACUUGAAAUAUUAAAAUCAGUGCAUCAUAGUAGCAUCAUAUACCUUUAUGAUUUCCUAGAAUUCGAUGAUUAUAUCUACAUGGUUUAUGAAUAUUGUCCAAAAUCGGUAAAUGAUAUCAUUGCUUCUAAGGAGCAUUUAAGUCAUUCUCAAUUGCAACACCUUAUAUUUCAAAUCCUUACAAGUCUAAAGGUGCUCCAUGACUACUCAAUAUCCCACGGAGAUUUUAAACCAGCAAAUAUCUUGCUUGAUGCUAAUGGAAGAGUCAAAUUAUCAAACUUUGAUUUGUCCACAAUACUUAAUGAAAAAUGUCCAAUCUCAAAUAAUUACCGAGGAACAUUAUUAUUCAUGGCACCGGAAAUUUUUAAUAAAUCGGGUUAUGACCCUAUAAAGGCAGAUAUAUGGGCACUUGGAGUGACAUUAUUCGCCUUAGUAACAAAAGAAUAUCCUUUCUAUGCAGAAGAUCAAAUGUCCUUAAUGCAACUUGUUUCGAAAGGAGUUUUUGCUAAAUAUAGAAUUCUGGAUGAUAAUUUGAGAAAGUUGAUCAGUAAAUGUCUCGAAUUAAAUCCUCAAUCACGCCCAACAAUCGAUGAUCUACUCAACUCCCCUUAUUUUGAUACUUACAUACCUCCAAACUAUCAGAAAAGGUCUAGAAGUAGAAUAUCCACUGCCCAAGCAUCAUUAAUUUUGAAACCAUCAUUAUCUAAUUAUUACAUUUCUUUGCCACGUGCAGCGCAGUUGCCUAUCAGAAGAAGGCAGUCAAAAUAG